AGUUUUGCUCAAGAGUUGCUGGUCUCUGGCGGACGUGCGCGAUGUUCGGCUACAUUGGCAUGGGACCUAUGGGCUUUGGUCCAGGCUCGGGUGGCAUCCCAGUGCUGAUUGAGGAUCCGUGGGACGACGUGCCUUUGGUCCUCGAGGUUCCGGUGGGUGUCAUUGGCCCCGGCCUAGCACUCCACGCAGCGCUCCACCCAGCACUCCACCCAGCGCUCCACCCACUGGGAGCCUCAUUGGGCUCAGCCUUGGGCCCCCAGACCAUCGUGAGCGUGGGACGCGAUCGGACGUUGGAGCUGUACCAUGAGACAGACUCACAGGCAGCCGAGCGCAUCUUGAGGUCGCAGCAGAUGUUGCGUGGCGAGAGUGGCAUGGCAGGCGGUGGCAUCUACUUUGCUGAGAGCCCAUCCGAAGCACGGCAGAAGGCCCAUCGCCACGGGGUCAUGCUCAAGGCCGACGUGCGCGUGGGCCGGAGCAAGGAGGUUCAUGGCACUAUGAGCACCUGUUGCAGCCGCUUGCAAGACGAGGGCUAUGACUCGGUGAAAAUCCUGGGGUGUCGAACCGGCCCGGAGCACGUGGUCUACAAUUGCGGUCAGGUCUCCAACAUCCGGCAGCUCUGAGAUGCAGCUCAAAUCUGAUAGCUGUGCCUAGCCCUGGUGAUGAGAAUGUGUUGAUGCUCAGCUUCCAGGCCAUGGUGUUUGGUUUUCACCCGAGUGGCGGAUUUGCCGCGAGACUGGACUGUGGCGAUGUGCCACAGGGUCUUUGUGUACAGUGUACAGCAAAUGUAAAGCGCAGGCAGUUCCCAGGCACUUGGCAAGUCUCAGGCCCCCAACGCAGGGGGAGUUUUCGAGACAUGACCUGAUGCGUGCUGCCCACUGUGGCAGCCGUGGCGACUGCCAACGGCUUCUCGUGUUUUGCUGCGGUGCUGAGCCACAGCUAGCAAAAGGAACCCGAACGAGUUCGGUCGUUCCAGGACUUAAGCAUGUGCGUGGCGUAGA